AUGGCGACUUCUGAGAACUACAAUCCUCGACCUCCAAUAGCACGUUUCAACGCAACAGACCCUUCAACCACGCCACAAAAGCUGGUUGACAGCAUCAAUCGUGAUGGCGGCGUCAUUGUAGAGAAGCUAAUCGAGCGUCAGCUUGCGGAAGAGAUUAAACAAGACCUAAAGCCAUAUUUUGACGAAGACAUUCCAGACAAAUACGGGUUCUUCCCAGCAACAACGCAAAGAGCUUCCGGCUUGCUGGGUAUCUCAGAUGGCUGUGUAGAGCUUGCAUGCAAUCCACUUUAUACUGCCGUCGCCAAUGCUUUGGUCUCUUCGUCGUACACUUUCUGGAGAGGCGACCGAAAAAAGACUGUGAGCGGAAAACCCAUCAUAUCCUCAACAGUGGGCUUCCGGGUGAACCCUGGAGGGACGCAACAGGUGUUGCAUCGCGAUGAUAACGCCAGCGACUAUCACCCACAUGACAAGAAGCUGCCUGUCAUGAUUGGUUGCGUCACUGCAUUGACGAAGACGACAGCUACGAAUGGGGCAACUGUAGUCAUUCCAGGAUCGCAUCUCUGGGGCCCGGACCGCCGUCCGCUGGAGUCCGAGACCGUUCCUGCGGAGCUUGAGCCAGGCGAUGCUUUAAUCUUCCUUGGAAACCUCUACCACGCAGGCGGGGCAAAUAUCACCAAGUCCGUUGCUCCCCAGCUUAGGAAGUUUUUGUGUGACCUCCAAACUCGGCUAACUAUUUUUCGUUGCCGGCAGAGAUGA